AAUAGUGAAUAAAACAUUACUACCCUUUAUUUACUUGGAACACCAAUGUUGAUUUUUAUUAAGCUGUAUAUGAAAGGCAGGUGUGAGGAGACAUCAGGUGAUGAGAUUCAGCAUCCGGUCAUGUGAGAGAGGUGAAGAGCAGGACUGAUCACGACUGUCAGUGCAAACCUGGUUGAAUAAGAAAGCAAUGAGACCUCUGAUCCUCCUCAACAGCAAGUACUCACGAGUAUUGUUUCUAAGGUUUUAUGAAUUGAUGUGUGAAAUAAUCUGACAAGACAGAAAACCAGAGCUAAUCUUAAUUCCAGCAGCAGUUUGUGUUUUCGGCAGGCUGACAGACAGACCUCAGUACUGUAAAUGUCUGGUGUUUCUACUGUUCCCAGUCAGUGGUGAAAGUGUACAGUACAACAGCACAAACAGGGUCAUGAUACACACACACCACACCACAGACCCGCGGCUGAAAGUAAAGCCCAAACCACCAGCAGCGUCCACAACUAAACAUAGCACAACCUCAGCCCAGACAACCUCACUCGCUCUCUCUCUCUCUUUUUCUCUCUGUGGACUCAGAUUAGCUGUGACGCUAAGCACACAGCAGUGGGCUGUGAAAUUGACCGCUGCGCUGAGUUUGGAGCGCGUUCAGACGCUCGCUGGGGACGAGGAGAAAUUCCUCCACACGAGGGCCCGACUUGAUUAUCACAGCUUACCGUUUAACGGCACAUCAGGAGACAAAAAACACACUCGGCGACUCCUCCGCUCUUUCAUGUUUCCCUUUUAAAUGAUAAUAUAACUGUGUCUGAGUGAAGUUUAUGUAGCAUUUAAGCUCAUGUAAUAACAGUCGUUUGGCAUGACGCGUGGCCGCCCGGGUUCAUAGUGUAACCCAGUGACGCGUUCGGGCGACUUUUCUGGGAAAGUAUGUGUGUGUAUAUGCAUAUAUGUCUCUGUGUGUUUUCAGUGUGAAUUUUUUCCAAACCUGUGUGAAACGCACCAAAAAUACACCUAAAAAUGAAUAACAUGUGAUUUUCGGUUUUAAAUAAAGACACACAAGUUACUUUGGCAUGUAGUUGCAUAUAAAACCCCACAACCCACAGUGUGUGAGUGUGUGUGUGCGAGUGCAUGUGUGUGUGAGCAUCAUCUUAAUUCUUAUGCAGCAUGUCGUGUGUGUUUACUCCUCUGUGAUGUCACAGAGCUCUGAAGCUCGUGUAUAUAAAUUUUGAACAUUCAACUUGUUUCACAGAGGAGCUCAGCAGGUCAGGACAACUUCAGAGUUUCUGAGCAUCUCUCGCCUGUGAUCAGAACAAUCUUAACUGCUUUCAGGACAAACUAGCAAGAUCCACAGAUAUCGGAGAGAAACAGAAAUCAUUCUUAUGGAUUAAGACCAUUAGGAGGUUCAUCUGAUACCUGAAUCACUACACCUGAAAACUUUGAGGAGUCUUGCGUCGUGUCUCAAAGGACAGACGAAUCAGAGACGCACACAAAGCUCAUUGUGUUAUCGCGAGAGGAUGAAGAUGUUGUGUUCUAGACAGGUUCUCCAACAGUGGCUCUUUGCUCUGUUCUUACUGUGUUCUCCUGUUCCUCACCACGGCCGGCCCGUCGAUGCCCUCAGCAGUCGAAUGAAGCGUUCAGUAACGCAUGCUCAGCUGAUGCACGAUAAGGGACGGACGCUGCAGGAAUUUAAGAGACGCAUGUGGCUGCAGGAAUUACUGGAUGAAGUCCAUACGGCCGAGAUCCGUGAAGCUCAGCAGCAGAGAGGAGCGAUUGGCAGCAGCGGAGGUGGAGGUAGCACUCUCGCCGCCACCAUGCCGAUAGAUGCAGGCAUGGGGAUCGCCUUGGGAACGGACACCGUCAAUCCGAAACCUGCCGGAGGAACCAAGAAUCUGCCGAACAGCUUCCGUCUGGAGGACGAGGAGGGCACCAACCUACCGCAGGAAACCAAUAAAUCACAAACGUACAAAGAGAGCUCGCUGAAGGCCAUCAAUAAGAGAAAGAAGAAGGGUCGGGCAGGGAAGAGAAGAGAGGGUGAGAAGAGGAAGAGGAGGACUCGCUCGCUCAGGCGAUCGCCACUAGAAGAGUUUGGGAGCGGCUUCCACCUGGAGUGGCGGCCGUACUCGGGUCAGCUUUAAAACACUGUCAGUCUCUGACAACGAUCCAUUUGAAAUGAACACCAGAAGAUUCAUGUCAAAGUGAGAGGAAAAUAUUUAUUACAUGUAAAUAUUCUCAAAGCGCCCAAACAGUGACACUAAAUAAUAAAGACACUGUCGAGUUAUCAAUAAAUCUCAACGGAGCUGCCGAGUCAAAACCUUGUGAAUACCUUUGCUUUGUUUAUUUUUUAUUCUCAUUUUUUGUUUAUAAAUGUAGGACUAUGCCUCUAUUAUGGUGUCAAAAUUUCUGUAAUUUAUUUUGUUUGAAUGGUGUAUUUAUUUUGUAAAAGUAUCAGGUGCUGCUGAUAUUAUUUUUGUACUAUAAUGCACUUUAGAUGUAUAAAUAAUAUAGAAAUAUAUAAAGGUCAUUUUGUUAAUGGACAUAUUUUUGUGGUUCGGUUAAAUGAAGUUUAUAAUCAUCCCUCUCUGUUAAGUUGUAUGUUUGACAGCUUUUCUGUUUCUGUAUGUCAAUCGCUCUGGUUCACAACCUAGUGAGUGGCCUUCAUAGACAGCAUUUUAAGGCCUACUUUCCUGUGUUGAGAAAGGAAUAGAAAUGUUCAUUAUAAAUAUUUUGUAAUGUUAAAGCCAAGUAUACAAGUCAACAUUUGAAUCAGAUCAAAACUCUUGUCUUUGAUUGAUGAACUUUUUUGAUCCGCUUCAAAUGCUGACUAGUGUAUUUUACCCAGUGUGUGCUAUCUAUGUAUUAAAUCAUUGGCUUAGCAGCAGAGUUCACUGUGCAGAGCACUGUUUGACUUGCUGCCUCUAAAAUUCGCUUAUGAUUAUUUAACUGUUAUUUAUGAGGUGAGGGUUCAUGUCAAUCCAGGAAAGAGCUGUAGACAGCACACUGGGGUUUGAAACAGAGCUUUUGUGUAUGCUUUCAUUUUUGGUUUCUCUUCUGACAGGCAUGUUGUCAUACACCUGAUAUCAGUUACCACAGAGCUGACUGUACAUGACAAGCACAUGUUAUAAAAUAACUCUUGUUGUUUUGCACUGAGAGAAACUCCCCUGUACUGAAUGAAUUAAACAUCUGACAGUCUCAACGCAGUCACAACUUCUCUGUCUGAUGGAUGUGUUUGACUCUGUGUUUGUGUGUGUCUACAUGAGAAGCACAGAUCUCAGGAUAGGGUGUGUGGCAGUCACAGU